GAGAGACAUCAGCUGUCAUACCGUUUUCAGCAUUCGGUGAGGCAUUGUAUGAAACCAUGACUUGGCAAAGGAGCGCACUGCUUUUUUUCCCGGUUUGGCUUUGCUUUGCAUUGCCUGCAGCGGGAUGGGAGCGCGUUUCCGAAGAGGCAACCUUUGCCCACCACAACCUUGACACAGAGGAGAAUUAUACCAAAGACAAGGCUGUAGUGCAACUUGGAGACCCCGCCAAUGUCGAUCUUAACGCCGACCGUGGAUUCCAGGUGCAAUUCGAGGAGGUAUCAGAUGCAAAAAAGUGGGUAUCCGUUACCGAAGCUGCCCCAGUCAGUUUAGCGGUUCUGUGCGGUGAGGAUGAGUUUAAAGUAACACUGCCAGCUGGUCCAAUGAGUGAAGUCAAGAUUUUGGGACCCAACAGUAUGCUCUCUGUUCUUGACGCCCCGGAAUCGUGUGGAUACUCCUUAAAUCGAGGACAAUAUCAGAACGCCCUAACUGUCCGCUUUUCAGGCUGCCUCAUUAGUCGUCAGGCUGGGCGGUACACCUUGAUGGUGUUGUAUGUCAAUGAAGCUGGCAUAAUGGAUGUUUCUACAGUGUCCUGUGCGGCUAGCCCCGAAUCCUCGUUGUCCUCGACAGACCACCUGCCCCUCUCUAAUGGUCUUCGCAAUGCCCAUGGUGGGCCUCCUUCAAAGUGUCUUAAUCCCACCCCUCGCAAUCCCAGCGCUCAAAAUCUCACCAAAUAUCCUGGCUGCAGUAUUCCCCAGAACCAGCACUUGGCUUGUGGUUUCACUGGAAUCUCGUCUUCCCAGUGUUUGGUGAUUGGUUGCUGUGUGGAUUCGGCAACUUCCGCCUGCUUCUACCCAAUGGAUGAGUGCACUGCAGACCAUCAGUUUAUCUUUGCCGUUCACCAUAACCGCACCACUUUCCCUGUGACUCCCACCAAACUUGUGGUUGCUGGGAAGUCUAGCUGUGGCCCAGUCAUUGUCACUGAUAAGUUUGUGGUCUUCAAGUUCUCAGUCACUGAAUGUGGAACUCGCUCAUAUGAAAUUGGCAAUACCGUGAUCUACACAGCAGAGGUACAGACGGCCGUCCGAACCCUUAACCUGAAGUAUGGCAUAAUAUCCAGAGACAACCCCGCAGAUUUCUGUCUUUGCUAUAUGCCUCUGUCCUAG